UGGGAUGAAUUUCUACCUCCUGACCAGCGCCGAUCAAAAGGUCCUGCUGGGUAAUCGAAUUAAGAGUGAAGUGUGCUGUUCCGAUCCAGUCGAGACUGUGACCGUCAGCCGUCCUCCAGACGUCAAAAUAGGAACAGUUGAAGGACAUGGUAAGAACUUCGCUUUGAAGAAUGCCUCAGGAGAUACCCUUUGCAGCCUGGAGAUGGAAGACCGUGGUUGCUGUGACUGUAGUGAGAAAAUAUACCAGGUGGUUCCCUCUUCAGCACCUCACAGCCAAGGCUCAGUUGAAAUUUGUUGUGAUGGUUGCAAGAUUACUUUCCCCUCUGCUAUGGAUGUCAUCUCAAAAGCUCUACUAAUCUGCUUUGCUAUUAAUUUGUUAUAUUCAAUAGAAGAAGACAGAAAGCGGAACUGAAUCAUGUGUACUGUUUUUGUAUGCAAAUAUAUAUUUUU